GAGGGAGGGGGUGUUGAAUUUCUGCUGUAAUGCGCCAUUCGUGAGUAGACACGGACCUUAUAGUGUCUUAGUCACAGUGUAACUGACACGGAAGUGGAGUGGAGCUGAGCUGUUUUCUUGUACAUUUCACUAUCGCUUUGGACUGUAGACACGAUGGCAGAGGAUAUCCAGACCAAGUUGAAGAAUUACAAGACGGCACCUUUUGAUGCCAGGUUUCCCAACCAAAAUCAAACCAGGAACUGCUUUCAAAAUUACCUAGACUACCAUCGUUGUACUAAAGCACUGACUGCAAAAGGAGCUGAUACUUCUCUAUGUGAGUGGUAUAACAGGGUCGCGAAAUCACUCUGCCCAAUCUCCUGGAUAAACAAAUGGAAUGACCAGUUGGCUGAAGGCACGUUCCCUGGAAAAAUCUAAGGUGUGAAUGCAACCUGAUUGAUUGAAACACUUACAAUGUUUCCAAAGCUUCCAGCCUUCACCAAAAUAAAUACUGAAUAUUAAACUGGUUACUUUCUUA